AUGGUGGUUGGAAUCCCAACAUCUUGGGUAUCUCAAGGUGACAGUGAAGAUGAAAGCCCACUACUGAACUGCGAGAUGCCAGAGCUCCAAGAAGGCGUGGAAGCGGUCUACGGCAACCGCUCCGCCUUCGUGGCCAUCAAGCAGGGUGGACAGGCACUCGCCUGGGGAGCACCGCGCCAGGGCGGAGAGAUUCCUGAGUCGAUCGCGCACCACCUGCAGAGUGGUGUGAAAAGCAUCAGCCAGACGAAUGAAGCCUUUUGUGCUCUCAAGGAGAAUGGUGACGUCUACGCCUGGGGCCAGCCGAACUUCGGCGGAGAGAUUCCCAGCGGCCUCCAUGAAAAGCUGAAGGACGUGAUCUCCGUGAGUGGCACCUUCAACUUACACGGUGGCGCCUUCGCCGCGCUCACCAGCGCUGGGGCUGUGAUGACCUGGGGCCUGGAUGCAGUGGGCGGCGACUCCAGUGCCGUGGCCGAGCAACUCCAAAGUGGCGUGUGCUCCGUGAUCUGUGGUGGCUGUGCCUUUGCAGCGUUGAAGGAAGGUGGCACAGUGGUCACUUGGGGCGAUCCUCACAGGGGUGGAAAGAAGGAAGUCACCUGGGCCGAUGAUGAAUCUGAAGAUGAGGAGGAGGAGUGCAGUGACGAUGGAGAGGGGUCUGAAUCUGAAGAGAAGCAUGAUCCUUACUCUGUGGAAGAUCAGCUCUCCAGCGGUGUCAAGUCCAUCAUUGGCUCCGACGAUGUCUUCGCGGCCCUCAAGGAGACGGGCGAAGUGGUCACCUGGGGCAUGGCCGUCGAUGGAGCACAUCAAAGCGACGAGCUCAAGGAACAGCUCAAGAGUGGUGUGGAAUCCAUCAGUGCUACCUACACCAAUUUCAGUGCCCUCAAGAACGAUGGUGGGCUGGUGAUCUGGGGCGUCAUCGACGACUACGGCACCGGGCGCUCCCUGGAAAGCCUGCAGGAGCAGCUCGAGUCCGGAGUGCUGGGCGUGACCGCGCUACCCAAGCCCAACCUGUGGGGUCAAUUCGUUCAUAAGGCGUCAGGCGAGGUGAUCCCUGUGGGCUUUGUGGGUCAUCUUCCGGACGUGGUGGAGGAAGAGCUCAAGAGUGGAGUGGAGGAAGUCACAGGCAACUCCUCCGGCUACGUGGUACUGAAGCGCACCUCGUGA